AUGAUGAUAAAUGCACGUUACGUGGCUCGUGGCGUAUUUUUGGCGUCCGACGAUCGGUCUGUCCGAAUCUGGCCACCUGGCGAUGCAGAUGACUCAGGACAACUUUCCGUGGCCUUAGUACGUGUGAACACUGAAAACAAUGACAACGACUGGUGUUUGGGUCGAACAGAACGUGUAAUCUAUGCACCGUGCUGUCAUCAGAGCCAGGCCACGGCAUCACUAUCCGCACUGGAGUAA